AAUAUGAUGAACAUAAACCACAAAUAAAAUACUUAAAAAAUUAGCUAAUGGCCACCCAAGCUAUAGUGGUUAAGCACGUGGUGUUGUUUUGAAUAUGGAAUCAUAGUGUGAUUUCUAAAGCAUGUGAGAUUGCCCCUUCUCUUAUGUUACGUAUACUAUUCUUAAUUCCUCACACAUCAACAUAGGGGGUUUUCCUGUAUGGUACCUGAUAGUUAGAAGUCUGUACAAGCUAAGCAGUGAAAUUAAACCACCGGUGACUUUUGCAACGAACAGACGUAUUAGUUAUUUGCUCCGGAAUAAAUAAUCAAUUAUUGACUAAUAAUCAUUUACUUUAACAUAUGAAUACAUUUUAGUUUGUUGUUUUCUUUGACUGUUUUUUUUAUCCAAUUUUAAAUCUAUACAUAAAAAGUUGAAGUUUUUUAAAGUGUGCUCAAUAAGUUUUUUUAAAUAAUAUAAUAAAAAUUUUUAUAAGUUAUGGAUUAAGACGUAUUGUAGGAUAAUUGAUAAAAAGUUUAAUCCAUAAGGUGUUGGAGGUGUUACGUGACAAUGUAAACUCAUUCUAUCAUCCUGAAGUGUGUUUUAUUCAGUUUCAUAAACGAGAGGGGUGCAUCAAUAAUCAGUGAAAAAAUUUCUAAACCUCAAAAAGGAGAAGAAGAAGAAAAAGCUGAUCAUAAUUAUACUUAAUUCAAGAAAUCAAAAAAGGAUUAUUUUAUUAGUGAUUAUAAUUAGUUGUCUAUCAUAAUUUAUACUAAGAUGUCUAAAUACGAGGUCAAGGACGAAUUCGAACCAGAUGUAGCACACGAAGUACAGCUUACAGGAUUCACAAAUUCACCCGAAAGUUUGAUGACGAUACGAAAUCCUAUGAAUAGCCUCGAAAGUCGUUUGGGUAUCUCAGAAAAUCAUGAAAAACCAGUAAAUGGUCAAGUCGUUGAUUCUUGUCAAGUUAGAUCAACCUCUUCCACAGGAGUCCAAUGGUUCACAGAAAGAUUGAGAAAAUCAUUCACCAAAAAAUUACUUUACCGAAGGAUACCAAUAUUAGAUUGGCUACCAAAUUAUCAACGAGACUUUAUAGCAUGUGACUUAGUAGCUGGAAUAACAGUUGGACUUACGGUGAUUCCACAAGCCAUUGCUUACGCUAAUGUGGCUGGGCUUCCUCCUCAGUAUGGAUUAUAUUCUUCCUUCAUGGCAUGCUUUGUUUAUACAAUCUUUGGAUCAUCUAAAGAUGUACCAGUUGGUCCAACAGCCAUAGGAGCAAUUUUAACUAGAGAAACACUUCUCCGAGCUCAAGUAGGACCUGAAUUUGCCGUUCUCUUGACCUUCAUAGCAGGCCUCGUGUCAUUGCUCAUGGGGAUCCUGCAAUUAGGAUUUCUCAUUGAUUUUAUUUCUGGACCAGUAUCUGUAGGCUUUACUUCAGCAGCUGCUAUUAUAAUAGCAACAAGUCAAGUUAAAGAUGUUCUUGGUAUCCGCAUUUCUAGUGGUAAAUUUAUUGAUACCUGGCAUAAUGUUUUUGAGCAUAUCAGUGAAACUAGAUUAUGGGAUGCUCUUAUGGGUUUCACAUGUAUUCUUGUACUUCUCUGCCUUCGAAAAAUAAAGGACAUUCCCGUGACCUCAAAAGACAAGAAGAAGCAAUUGAUGGUUCAGAAAAUGGCUCAAUCAAUUCUUUGGUUUAUAUCAACGUCAAGGAAUAUACUGGUUGUCAUCACAGGUGCAGUAAUUGCUUGGACAUUGGAAAGUCACUUGGGGUCUUCUCCUGUUAUUCUUACGGGUCAUGUGAAAGAAGGACUUCCUAAUUUCCAGUUACCACCAUUCAAUACAAAACUCGGCAAUCAGACCUAUGAUUUUAUAGACAUGGUAUCAGUUAUGGGUUCUGGAUGUCUUGUGGUACCACUUCUCAGUCUUUUAGAAAGCAUUGCACUUGCUAAAGUCUUUUCUGAUGGAAAGUCUAUAGAUGCAACUCAAGAAAUGUUGGCAUUAGGAAUUUGCAAUGUUGUUUCGUCUUUUGUAUCCUCGAUGCCAGUGAGUGGAGGUCUAAGUAGAGGAGCUGUUAAUAAUUCGUCUGGAGUUAAAACAACGCUUGGUGGAGUCUACACGGGAAUUUUAGUUAUUCUAUCUUUACAAUUUUUGACACCUUAUCUUUAUUAUAUACCUAAAACUGUACUUGCUGCUGUCAUUAUUGCAGCUGUCAUUUUUAUGGUUGAAUUUCAUGUUGUCAAACCUAUGUGGAGAACUAAAAAAAUAGACCUCAUUCCAGCAACAGUUACUUUUAUCUGCUGCCUUUUUGUUGGUCUGGAGCUCGGAAUGGUGAUCGGAAUUGGCGUCAAUCUACUCUUUUUAUUAUAUGCAUCCGCCAGACCAUCUCUUCGUGUCCGCAAAGUUGUGAAUCCGGGAGGAUAUGAAUAUUUAAUGAUAACACCAGACAGAAGUUUAUCAUUUCCAAGUGUUGAAUAUGUGAGAUCCAUAAUAAGUAAACACGGAACACGUGAAGGUACUGAAGUACCAGUGGUUAUUGAUUCCACACAUAUUCAAGCAGCUGAUUUCACUGCUGCCAGAGGAAUUAAAAAUCUUAUUGAAGAUUUUGCUAAGCGAGGACAACCCUUGAUAUUUUUUAAUCUUAAACCUAGUGUGAUAGCUAUUUUUAGAGGAGUUAAGCCAUCGGAAAUGAGAAUUUGUUCAAGUGAACAGGAACUUCAUGAAAGCCUUAAGGAUUUAACAACAAUUUCAACCAUCACUAUCACCAGGCACUAAUGAAAAAAAUAAUGUUGAAGAUUCUUCCUGUGGAAGAACAGUACUGAAGACAAAGGAGUACGUCCAUAUAAUGCCAGAAUAAAUAUAAGUUUUUAAC